CUGGCGGACCUGAGAGGCCUCUCUCCCGGCCACGCCCUGGACCGUCCUGCACUGCAAACCCCCCCGAAACGGGGGCCCCGGACCCCGGGGCUCAGGAGGACCCAACCAGGACUUUCCAAAAGUUGCCGCGGGGCUUUCCGAUCCCCGCGGCCAUCGCCCAAGUCUGGCCAGGCUGAUAGGGCCAGCGAAGAUUCUCUGCACCUUGACAUUCAGAAACUGAAGGAGAAGAGGGACAUGCUGGACAAGGAGAUCGCUCAGUUAAUAGCUGAAGGCUACAGUGUAGAUGAACUAGAGGACCACAUCUCCCAGCUCCAUGAGUAUAACGACAUCAAGGAUGCAGGCCAGAUGCUACUGGGCAAAUUAGCUGUGAUCCGAGGCAUCACCACCAAAGAAUUGUAUCCGGAAUUUGGCCUAGACAUGAAUGACUGAGCAGAGGCUCACAGCCCCUUGUCCACGGCCCUCCAAGACAGGCAGAUAUGGACACGAGAAGCACUGAGAGCCCAACCAGCACGCCUACAGGCUUACCAGCAAGAAAGCGUCAGAAGCCUUUUUCUGGAGAACCCAACCUGAGUCGGGAGGGAACCCAGCAAAGAAGGGGAGCCCAGCUCCAAGGUUCCCGAGAUGUCCCAAUGAUACGUGUGUAUGUGCGUGUAUCCCAUUUGUAAAUAAACAUGUGAACAAUCUUGGUGUGAA